GCUCCCGCAGACACAGGGCUCCUGUCCCGGGUCCCGGGGUGGUGGCAGCACCACACUCCAGGAGGGUGGCAUGUCACGGAGGGAUGCUGGAAGACCACCAGCCAUGCCAGGAGUGGGACACAGAAAGGCCAAGGCCCGGGUGCUCCCUGGCAUUGGCAGGAGGAGGAACUGCCUGAGCAGAACAAGGCAGGAUCCGUGGGAAGAGGCGAGCUGGAGCAAACAGAAGUGGAGCCGAGCUGGCCCCGGCCCUCAAGGGCCCGGGCGGAGGAACCUGGCCAGUGGCAGGAGCGAGGCCAGUCCUGAGAACGCAGCGCGGGAGCGCAGCCGGGUGAAGACCCUGCGCCAGGCCUUCCUGGCCCUGCAGGCCACUCUGCCUGCAGUGCCACCGGACACCAAGCUCUCCAAGCUGGACGUGCUGGUGCUGGCCACCAGCUACAUCGCCCACCUCACCUGCACGCUCGGCCACGAGUUGCCUGGCCCGGCCUGGCCACCCUUCCUGCGUGGACUACGCUACUUGCACCCCCUCAAGAAAUGGCCCAUGCGCUCUUCUCUCUAUGCCGGAGGCCUGGCGGGUGUUGGCCUUGCCUCCGCCUCAGCCACUACCUCAGGCCUAAGGAGCAGGGAUGCAGAGGCAGAGCCCCCCAGCUCUGGAGAGACAGCUGCUCUACUCCCUUCCCAGGCCUCUCACCACCCCAGCUCUUAGUGACAAAUGACCAUCAUACUAGCCCAUCUUUCCCCGGAUUGUGACUCCAGCUCAUCUCGGCUCCGGAUCUUCCUCUCCGGCCCACCUGCCUUCUCUCGGACUCUCAGCUGUCGGAUCUGACGCAGCGGCGGCGGAGGCUCUGAGUGCAGACACAUUGCCCAAGGAGGCAGCAGGAGCUGGGAGCAGGCAGGCAGGGUGUCUGUCAGGGGCAGGGUUCAUAUACUAGGAGGAAGGGAGGGAGGCAGGACUGGAAGUUGAGUUCACUUGUCUUCGCUGAGCUUCCCAUAAGCCCUCUGGGGAAAUCAGGAAAGGCAGAAGCUCCCAGGUGACUGCAGAAGUGGGGCCUCGAGUGGCAGCAGCUCAGGGUGCUGACAGGA